CAGCCGAGCCCAGCCGAACACCGCGCAGCUCCCGCCGCCGCCGCCCGAGCGCUGCCGAGCGAGCGAGCGCCGCGGCCGCGGAGGAGGUGCGGCCCCAAGGGGAGGAGGUGCCCGCUCGCCGCAGACCGCCCGCGGCAGAGGCCGCCCCGGUCGCGCCGCGGCGGGAGCGGCCGGCAGAGGCUGCGCGGCCGAGGGGGAGGGCCGGGGUAGCGGACGUCGCCUCUGCUGGUCUCCCACCUCCCGCCGCCCCCCGCCCGCAGGCUCCCGAGCCUUAGUCGGCGCCGAGCAUCCCGCUGCCCCGGACCCUCCCGCGGGCGCGCACCAGGCUCAACUCAGGCUCAGGACUGCAGGUAGACAUCUCCACUGCCCAGGAAUCACUGAGCGUGCAGACAGCACAGCCUCCUCUGAAGGCCGGCCAUACCAGAGUCCUGCCUCGGCAUGGGCCUCACCAUUGAGGCAGCUCCACUGUCUGUGCUGGUCUGAGGGUGCUGCCUGUCAUGGGGGCAGCCAUCUCCCAGGGGGCCCUCAUCGCCAUCGUCUGCAACGGUCUCGUGGGCUUCUUGCUGCUGCUGCUCUGGGUCAUCCUCUGCUGGGCCUGCCAUUCUCGCUCUGCCGACGUUGACUCUCUCUCUGAAUCCAGUCCCAACUCCAGCCCUGGCCCCUGUCCUGAGAAGGCCCCACCACCCCAGAAGCCCAGCCAUGAAGGCAGCUACCUGCUGCAGCCCUGAAGGCCCCUGGCCUAGCCUGGAGCCCAGGACCUAAGUCCACCUCACCUAGAGCCUGGAAUUAGGAUCCCAGAGUUCAGCCAGCCUGGGGUCCAGAACUCAAGAGUCCGCCUGCUUGGAGCUGGACCCAGUGGCCCAGAGUCUAGCCAGCUUGGCUCCAAUAGGAGCUCAGUGGCCCUAAGGAGAUGGGCCUGGGGUGGGGGCUUAUGAGUUGGUGCUAGAGCCAGGGCCAUCUGGACUAUGCUCCAUCCCAAGGGCCAAGGAUCAGGGGCCGGGUCCACUCUUUCCCUAGGCUGAGCACCUCUAGGCCCUCUAGGUUGGGGAAGCAAACUGGAACCCAUGGCAAUAAUAGGAGGGUGUCCAGGCUGGGCCCCUCCCCUGGUCCUCCCAGUGUUUGCUGGAUAAUAAAUGGAACUAUGGCUCUA